AUGUUGUCAGAAAUAUUAGACAUGGAAGGGAUGGCCAUGGAGGAACUUGUCUCAUGUAACAACGAUCCCACCAACAUAGCCAAAGGAAAGCGCACAAAGCGGCGUUUGAGGCCUUUGUCGCCUUGUGCUCUUGUCACCACCGCCACUGUCACCGCCACCACCGCUAUGACGUCAAGCUGUUCAAGUGCUUCUGGCGGUGGUGGUGGGUCGUUUUCAUCUACCGCCUUGGAGGAGGAAGAGGAAGACAUGGCUAACUGUUUGAUUCUCCUGGCGCAAGGAAGAGGAGGAAGGGAUGCUCUUCCUCACAAGGACCUGUGUGAUGAUGUCAAGGCAGAGAAAGGUGGCAACAGAAUUGAUUUUUAUGUUUAUGAGUGCAAAACAUGCAACAGAACAUUCCCUUCUUUUCAAGCUCUCGGUGGCCACAGGGCGAGUCACAAGAAGCCAAAGGUUGAGGAAAAGAAGUCCCCGCCACCAUCGUUGCCGUUGCCACUGCCACCGUCGUCAUCGUCAUCGCAACUAUUCAAUUUUGAAGAAGCAAAACAAAAUCAAAUGAAGAUUAACCCUUCGGUUUCGCUUCUAUUAGGGUGUGGAAAUAAUAGGGGUGGUUUAAAUUUCAAUGGGAACAAGUCCAAGAUUCACGAGUGUUCCAUUUGUGGGUCAGAAUUCACAUCAGGGCAAGCAUUGGGUGGUCACAUGAGGAGGCAUAGGUCAGCUAACAACAACAAUAACAGCAACAACAAUAAUAACAAUAAUACUGUUGUUCAGACAGCGACAACAACUUGUGAUGGUGCUGUUGAAGUUAAGCCUCGAAAUGUUCUAGAAUUAGAUCUCAACCUUCCGGCGCCCGAGGACGACCUCCGAGACUCGAAGUUUCAGUUUCCGGCGAAUCAGAAUUCUUUGAUGCUGUCGGCUGCUCCGGCUUUGGUGGGAUGCCAUUAUUAG